UGUGGCCAAUAUAAUUCAGUAGAUACCUAACUAUACACAGGAAUGGAGCAGUGGAUGAUUUUUGUGGUAUUAACAACUCAAACACUUGCAUUUUUACCAUCCCAAGAAAGUACCAAUGGGCGUCCAGAUUUCACUCAUGCCAGUAUAACACAGGCUGGGAUAUACUAUGCAGCUGCAGAUGUCAUAACGAAUGUAUUAUCCCCUGGAAAAUUCAACGCAUCAGAUCCAGAUUCAGUCAUCAUCGGUUUCUUUGGUCAAGAUGCCUUGAUAUACUUCGCGAACGUUGUCGUGUAUAUUGUCACGCAGAACAAUUUGGCUCAGAAGACUUACAGCGAAGUUGCAUCAAGAACGAUGAAUAGUGAACAAAUUCAUGCAGGGAAUAUUGAGCUACAUAAUUUAAGGAAAAAUAUCAUAAUGGAAGCAAAGAAAGCUUCUCCAAACUGGAAUGCUAAAAGAGAAUUUGUCGGCGAGUAUUUGUUCACUCUUCAGGAAUUCUACAGCAAUACCAACUGGGUUGAAAUGUUUAGAAAUCAAAGCUGUAAAGAACUAGGGAUAUCUGGAAGGUCUUUACCUAUUCCAGUUGCCAAUGGCUACAUAGUAACCUGUGUGGAUUGUGAUUAUACGGUGCAGGCGUAAGUAUAAAUACACUGAGGAUCAUGGUUAAAAGCGAUAUUAUUUUAAUCUUUGUUCUCAUUCAUGAUGAUAUAUGUGAAUAAUUUAAUUCUUAUUGUAUCCUUGUCUCUGAUUGGUCAAAUUCCAAUUGAGGAACGCAUGUUAUUUUUUAUAACCUGGUUUGGUAUGGGGACACACCCCCUUGACAACCAGAUGCCGGAACUAUUUUUUUAUCUCUAAAUUUACAUCGCAGCACUGUUUUCAGCCUUCUAUGGAAUAGAGUCCCGUGGGGACCCGGGUUAGAAUACAUAUGUAAGUCCUCAGUACCCUUUGCUUGUCGUAAGAGGCGACUAAAUGGGGCGGUCCUCCGGACGAGACCGCAAAAACUGAGGCCCCGUGUCACAGCAGGUGUGUCACGAUAAAGAUCCCUUCCUGCUCAAAGACCGUAAGCGCCGAGCAUAGACCUAAAUUUUGCAGCCCUUCACCGGAAGUGGUGACGUCUCCAUAUGAGUGAAAGAUUCUCGAGAGGGACGUUAAACAAUAUUUAAUCAAUCAAUCUAUGGAAUAGAAGGUCAACGUGUACAAUCAGAUACUUCGGUUUGAGUUGUAUUUUUUCCGAAUUUAUGUACAUUUUGAUAAACGAAGGUUAGUAUUUUUGUCUUCUGUAUUAAAUUAUAAGGAAUGACUCUAAUUCUGGUGCAAAUGAUUCGAGUAUAACCUGGUUUGGGUCCGUUUACGUUUUUUAUACUCCGCUUCGCGGAAUUAAAGUCAUUCCUUAAAUCUAAUAUUACUUUUAUUUGUCUUCACACUACAGAAUCAAACAGCUUUCGUGUGCUCACAACAUAAAGCUAGAUGGCCGUGUUCUCACAAGUGGCUACACAAGUUAUCAACAUAUUCCUAAACCUUUAGGAAUUCAUUGUGAGCAUUCGUGGCAUUGUAAACGGUACCGAUUUCACACGUGAAAAAUUGGAUCAAGUUAUUCCAGCCUCAGGCAGAUUGGAAUUUGUGUCCCAACCAGAAAAAUUGGUUCCGAUGACAGAGACACAAAUUCUGAUUAAUGUUACGAACACCGGAGACAAAAAUCAAACGUUUCAUGUCGAGCUCUUUGACUCUAGUGGAUAUCUAGUGGAAAUUGUGGAUAAAGAUUUGUUACUCAAAGGUCAAGAAAGCAGAGAAAUAAAUGUCAUUAUGAAUGCAACAUCUUCUGAAUUAACGAAACUUGCAGUGACACUGUCCCUGUCUGGAAAAGCUCUGCAGACAAUAACAAGGACCUUCAUGGUAACCGAAGUUUUCCCGCCAUCUGUGACUAUAGAUCAUAAAACCAGUGAUUGUGCAGCAGAGAUUAUGAAAUAUUACAACUGCUCGCAGCAACAAUGGGAAGCGCAGAUAACAAUUGUCCUCCCCGUUAACAAGCAAGAUUUAUAUGUUACACCAAAUCUACCGGGUAUUCAAUUUAACUAUACUAAGAAGAGCGCUGAUGGAAUGACUCUGAGUGCGAUUUUGAAGUAUUCUCUCUCUCUCUCUCUCUCUCUCUCUCUCUCUCUCUCUGUGUGUGUGUGUGUGUGUGUGUGUGUGUGUGUGUGUGUGUGUGUGUGUGUGUGUGUGUGUGUGAAGCAACUAAUGUAUACGUACAAGGUUUUCAAUCAUCUUUCUUCUUGCAGAGGCAAUUGUUGCUUCUACAGAGUAUCUCUCCUGGCAACUGACGUGCGUGAAAACAUCAUAAGGAAGACCUUUGAUUUCUCUGGAGGAGCCGUUUUCAAUACGACAGAUGUUGAUUUAGCGCUGCUUACUAAACCUAAUAUUAAGCAGAGCAAAACACCACAAACAUUAAAGACAAGCAACUUCCUGUUGUAUAUUGGAAUCGGCACGGGAGUCUGCUGUCUAAUUUUGGCAGUGGUACUCAUUAUCGUCAUUGCCAGAAGAACAAAGUCUAAGAAAGUCUAAGAAGACCCCAUCCAUUUACAAAGUACGAAAUGUAGUAAUGAAGAACGAAUUGUGUUUGGUAUUAAAACACUCUAAUGAUUCUAGACACAAUGUAAAGUUUUCUGAUGUAUAGAUAUUACCUUAUUUUGAUGAAGAAUGUUAAACUCUCUGAUAUACAUGUACAUGUAAUGUUAUCUAUUGAAAAGCAGAUGACUUCAAAAAUCUACGCCUUGUCAGGAUUUUGGAAUUUUGAUGAAAAGGUGCAUAUUUUCACCCUGUCCAUAAAUAUAAGCUAGAGCGCCACUAUGAAAAAGAUUCAGACUGUUAAUAUGUAUUAGUAUCGAUAUUUCAAAAAUAUAUGUUAUUGAUUUUUAGUUUGGUUUUUUUUGUUUGUUUUUUUUGACAAUUUCUUUGUAAAUAAAGUGCACUGCAAAUG